UUGUUAUUUCUUGAUUAAGGAAACUGUUAACGGUUCAUACAAUUGUGUGCAGUCGUGUUUAUACAUCUUGUCUUACACAUUUCAAAUUAAUUAAAAUGUGCUCUAAAGGUUUUAUUUUAGUUUUCUUGGCGUAUUUUUCUUUAGUGACUUCUAACUUGGCACCUUUCAUCACAAAAUGUAAAUGGGACGACUCGAAAUGUAUCAAGGAAUCAUCCAUGAAGGCCAUACCGAGGUUCGCAGAUGGAAUUCCUGAUCUCAACGUGGAGACUAUUGAUCCCUUGAACGUGAAAUAUGUUGAUGCCAGUUCUUCGAACAUAAAGCUGAUUGUCACAGAUGUUGUUGUCACCGGAUUGAAGAACUGCGAGCCUAAGAAAGUUCAGAGAGACAUCGCUAAGUCAAAACUUUUCUUCAAAGUUCUAUGCUCACCAGACUUAAAUGGAAAGUAUGAUAUGAAAGGACAACUCUUCGUCUUGCCUAUUGAAGGCAAUGGAAACCUUAUUGCUAAAGUCCCCAAACUGGUGAUUAAUGUUGAAUUAGACUUGGCUGAAAAAGAAGGCAAAGAUGGAAAGAAACAUUGGCACGUUAAAGCAUGGAAACACACUUUUGAAUUAAAGGACAAAUCAAAUGUGAAGUUUGAGAACUUGUUCCCGAACAACGAGUUCUUACGUAAUUCAACGAGUGAGUUGAUUGCUCAGAAUGGCAACGGUGUAAUUAAUGAAAUUGGUCAGCCAGUCAUCAAAGCUGUGGUCGCUAAAGUUAUUGAAAACAUUAAGCAUUUCUUUACUGCAGUGCCAACUGAAGAUCUUGCUUUGGAUUGAGAGGAUUUUUAAUGAUUUGACUAAUUCCAAUGAAAUUUGAAUAAAUCUUCGGAAAUAAAA